UGAUGGAAAAGAAGAAGAUGACAAUAUUAAUAGUGAAGAAAACCCAACAUAUACUGAAGAAAUUGUUGAUUUGUCAUUUGUUGAAUUUGAUGAAAAGAAAAGAUUUAAAAUAAGUGGAACUUUUAACAUGUCAAAAACAUCAUGUCUCAUUAUCAAUAAUGAAUAUUUGGGUAGUUUUACAUAUAUUGAAUGGCAUGAUUCAAUGUGUUUAACAAAUCAAGAAAACGCUUUUGUUCAUAAUUAUAUUUUAUAUGGAUCAAUUACUAUUCCAGAUAGAAUAGAAUGA